AUGGAUCCUUCCUGCCUAGAGUCCCACCCCACCCUAGAGUCUGACUCCAAAGGCCUAGACUUCAACUCUGCUGGCCAAGACUGUUUCUCCUCUGGUGGCGAGUUCGACUCUCUCUACCAAGAACUGGACCUGGACUCUCUUAAUGAAGAUCUUCUUUCUCAGUCUAUGCCAGACUCCUUGACAGAGACCGCUGCAGGCCCUUAUGAAUCCCACUUGACUGCCAAACCAGAGGAUCUCACUGAGGCAGAGCAAAAGGAGCUCAAAUCUGAGCUCGCUAAACUGGAGGCAGAAAUUGUAAUGCUGCGCCAAGCGCUGGCAGCCAAAGAGAGACGCUGUGUGGAGCUCAAGAAGAAGCUGGGCCUUACGGCCUUCGUGGGGCUGAGGCAGAAUCUGUCCAAGAGCUGGCACGACGUUCAGGUCUCCAACGCCUACGUGAAACAAAAGACGUCAGCUGCCCUGUCCACCAUGGGCUCUGCCAUCUGCAGGAAGCUUGGAGACGUGAAGAAAUCAGUCACAUUCAAAUCUUUUGAAGGGCUUAUGGGGACAAUCAAGUCCAGAGUCGCAGGUGGCAGAGAGCUUGGCCGUGACUGUCUUCCUUCUUCAGCGGGGAGUGGGGAUGAUCCACUCCCAGUUUCUGGGAGUAGGGAUGAUCCACUCCCGGUGUCUGGGAGUGGGAAUGAUCCAGUUCUGGCAAGUAGGGAUGACCUACUCCCCUUUCUGGAGCCAGAAUGA